AUGCGCGUCGCCGUCAUCGGGGCCGGGGUGAUCGGCCUCUCCACCGCCUUGUGCAUCCACGAGCGCUUCCACCCCCUGGUGCCCUGCCUGCAGCUGGAGGUCUACGCGGACCGCUUCACGCCGCACACCACCAGCGACGGGGCGGCGGGCCUGUGGCAGCCCUACCUGAGCGACCACGGCGAGCUGCAGGAGACGCUGUGGAACAAGGAGACCUUCGAUCACCUGCUGGGGUACCUCGGCUCGCCGGACGCGAAGGAGAUGGGGCUUUUCCCGAUUUCUGGCUACAACCUGUUUACACGGCCCGUCCCGGACCCGUCAUGGAAGAACAUUGUCCUGGGAUUCAGGAACCUGACACCGAAAGAGCUCGAACUCUUCCCUGGUUAUAGCUACGGCUGGUUCAACACAGCGCUGAUGUUGGAGUGCAGGAGCUACCUGCCCUGGCUCACCAACAGGCUAGCGCAGAGAGGAGUGAAGUUUUUCCACAAGAAGGUCGGCUCCUUCCAGGAGAUGUUUGCCCAGGGCAUGGAUGUGGUCAUCAACUGCACCGGGGUUCGUGCCGGGGAGCUGCAGCCAGACCCGGCGUUGCAGCCCGCCCGCGGGCAGGUCCUAAAGGUCCAGGCCCCGUGGGUGAAGCACUUCAUCAUCACUCACGACAUGGACUCCGGGAUCUACAACUCGCCGUACGUCAUACCGGGGAGUGAGCUCACCGUCUUGGGUGGGAUAUUCCAGCAAGGCAACUGGAACGAAGAGAACAGCGCCCAGGACCACAAAACCAUCUGGGAGAAGUGCUGCAAGCUGCUGCCCACGCUCCAGAAAGCAAAGAUCGUGGAGGAGUGGAGCGGCCUGAGACCGGCGCGCCCCAGAGUCCGCCUGGAGAGGGAGACCCUCCGCCACGGGCACUCGCAGGCAGAGGUGAUACACAACUACGGGCACGGCGGCUUCGGGAUCACCAUCCACUGGGGCUGCGCCAUGGCAGCGGCCAGGCUGUUGGGGAGCAUCCUGCAGGAGAAGCAGCUGGCCAGGCCGCCCCGGUCCCACCUGUGA